AUGUUGAUUACUAAAGGCGAUGCUAGAAGAUUGGGUCUUAAUGAUGACCUUGUGAAGUAUUGGUUAUUGGUUGGUGCUCAACCUACAGACACCAUGCGUGGCAUUCUAAUGAGAGCUGAUCUAAUAACUCCACCAUUGAUGGUUGUGAUGGGACAGAAAAAGGGACCAUCUGGUGAUACUUUCAUUCAAUUCUUUGGAAGUCAUUGGACCCUUUUCAUUGGUCUAGAAGCUCCUCCUUCAUCUGCUCAAUCAUUUUCACAGUCUUGUAUGGCCUAUACUACAGAAGCAUGGAUGGCCAUGAUAGGUUGUACAUCCUUAAUGCCAUUUUCCCUUGCCUAUACUGAACUUGCAUUUUUCAUUUCUCAAGUUUCUGCAAUGAUAACUGUUAAAAAGGCUAAAUGGAUGCUGUUGAAUGUUGGACUUUAG